AUGUCUGGAUUCAAAACCUUCGCUGUUGUCGGUGCGGGAGAUAUUGGCCGCUUUAUUCUCGAGGAGCUCGUCCGUCAUAUUCCGGAUGAAACUGUGACCAGUGUCGUCGCCCUUACUCGCUCGAGCGUCGGCUACGAAGAUUUGAAGGCACAGGGAAUUGUCUUCAAAACAAUCGACUACUCGGAUCCUGCAGGUCUCCUCGCUUCCCUGCAAGGCAUCGAUGUGGUGAUCUCCGCCAUUUCAGGGGGUGGCCUCCUUGCCCAAAUCUCCUUGGCAGAUGCGGCUAAGGCAGCUGGCAUCAAGCACUUCGUCCUCUUUGAGUAUGGCAACCCCACUAUUGGCAAGACCGAAGGCAUCUUUGGAUUGAAGAACCGUGUCCGCGAGCAUCUCCUGGCGCUCGACCUCCCCUAUUCGCAGUUCUUCACGGGUGCGUUCGCCGAUUGGUUCUUCGACGGACGUCCUGAGUGGGCUUUCGACCUCCCCAACGGCAAGGCAGUGGUGCGCGGUUCCGGGAAUGCGCCGAUCUCGUGGACGUCUAGUCCCGAUAUCGCCCGCUACAUCGUUUAUAUCCUCACCCACCUCUCUCCGGCGGAACAGAAGAACACGCGGUUUGCGAUGGAGGGCGAUAGGAAGACGAUCAAUCAAGUCUUGGAAGAGUACCAAACUCGCACCGGCAAGAAGCUUGACAUCACCUACGAAUCAAAGGAGUUCUUGGAGAAGCAGGUCGAGGAGCACCCUGAUGACUUCGAGAAUGGUGUCAUUAGACGUCUGUUCUUGGAAUGGGAAAAUGGCCAGGGACAGACCGGAACGCCAGAGGAGGUGAACAAGUAUUGGCCUGAAUUUAGGCCCGCCAAGGUGGUCGACGUCAUCCUCAGGCUCUAG